UCUGCACAGAUGAACAUUUGAAAGUAUCAUCGUCAAACAUCUGCAACCAUGGAGACCUCAUCAAUGCUUUCCUCACUAAAUGAUGAGUGGAGAUCCGAUAACUACAUCGAGCCACACUACAAGGAGUGGUACCGUGUGGCUGUUGAUGCUCUGAUUGAACAUGGGAUAGAAGCCUACCAAGAAUUCCUCGUCAAGGAGCGAGUUUCAGAUUUUCUAGCUGAGGACGAAAUUAAUUAUAUUUCGAAAAAUGUCCAGAAGUUUGCACAGAAUACAGAAGGUGGUUCUGAUAGCUCCUGUGACGGUGCCUCAUCGUCAGGGACUUACUGGCCCACCCAGUCUGAUGUGGAGGCUCCAAAUCUUGAUUUAGGCUGGCCAUGUGUGAUGCCCGGAUUCUUAGGGAGUACCCACAUAGAACUCCUCUUUCAUCCACCGAGAGCGCAUCUACUUACAAUAAAGGAAACUAUUCGGAAGAUGAUAAAAGAAGCAAGAAAGGUCAUUGCCAUAGUCAUGGAUAUGUUCACUGAUGUGGAUAUUUUCAAAGAAAUAGUAGAGGCAUCAACCCGAGGCAUAUCUGUAUAUAUUUUACUUGAUGAGUCCAAUUUUAAUCAUUUUCUAACUAUGACUGAAAAACAGGGUUGUCAAAUUCAACGUCUCAGGAACAUUCGAGUACGGACAGUAAGAGGCCAAGAUUAUCUGUCAAAAACAGGAGCAAAAUUUCACGGGAAAAUGGAACAGAAAUUUUUGUUGGUUGACUGCCAGAAAGUGAUGUACGGUUCUUACAGCUACAUGUGGUCAUUUGAAAAAGUUCAUCUCAGCAUGGUACAGGUCAUCACAGGACACCUUGUAGAGUUAUUUGAUGAAGAAUUUCGAACACUCUAUGCCAGGUCCUGUGUCCCAAGCUGUUUUGCUCAGGAAGAAUCAGCAAGGGUGAAGCCAGGCAAAGCUCUGUGGGAGAAUGGCAUUUACCAGCGAUCCAUUUCUUCAUUAGCUUCUGUUUCCAGCCAGAGAAAUCUUUUUAGUAGACAAGACCAAAUUCAUAAAAUAGACCCUAGUUACUACAAAGGCAGAGGGAUGUAUGCCCUAAACGAACAUGACAAACAGAGCAUUAGAAAUCAUGGAUACAAGCCUCAUUUUGUUCCAAAUUUCAAUGGCCCAAAUUCAAUUCGACACUUUCAACCCAAUCAGAUCAAUGAAAACUGGAAAAGGCAUAGUUACGCUGGGGAACUCUCAGACACAACGCCAUACCAGCUGCUCAACAGAGCUCUGAAUCGGACUAAUAAUGCGCCUGGACAGUGGAGAAGGUCUUCAGACAGUCUCAGUGUGGCAUCCUCAUUACGGGGAGGCCAGACAAGCCAGAAAAAUAUACCUGCACAGAGUUUUGCUGAUCGACUUGCCCAGAGAAAAACAACCAAUCUUGCAGAAAGGAAUUCAAAUGUGCGGAGGUCAUUUAAUGGGACAGAUAAUCAUAUCCGCUCUUUACAACAACGGAUGCCGACUCUGGAGAGCACCACAAAGUCUUUCCUGCGCACCUGGAGGAUUGACUCCUACUUAAAUGAUAAUUCAGAAGCCCCACCUGAAUCAGAUGGCUCCACCCUGGGUGACAGAUUCGAAGGUUACGAUAGUGCGGAAAACAUGAAAGCCAAUGCAGCCUAUACUCAUUCGAGGCUGCGUUCCUCAUUGGCGUUUAAACCAACUUUACCUGAACAAAAAGAAGUCAGCAGCUGUACAACUGGCUCCUCAAAUUCCACCAUCAUUGGCUCUCAAGGAAGUGAUACACAUAGUGAGGUCCAAGAGAGGUCCACAAAUGUACUUUCCGUGACAGAAAAACCCUUGCCCGAGUCAAUCCCCAAGCUCCCAACACAGUCAGAGGUACCAAAAAUGCACAGCUUGCAGGUUCCUGAAAAGCAACCAGAGAUCUUAAAUCGAGCAAUGAAUGGCCGAGCAGAAUUAAACAACAGUAUAUAUACAAGCCUGUGUGUAAAUAAGCAGACAGAGAACGCAAAAAGCCAGCAAAGUGAGAAUCUGCUCAAAAGGCGAAGUUUCCCCUCCUUUGAUCACUCAAAAGUCAAUUUAGAGCACGGCCAUAGCAAGAAUUAUGUGUAUAGUACCCUUACCAGAAAUCGGAUUAGACAGCCGGAAAAACCCAAGGAGGAUGUGCUGAAGAGUUCUAAGAGCAUGCAUAAUGUGACCCACAGCACGGAUGAAGAGGAAGAAGAGGCUAUCAAGAGAGACCCUCCAAGUGGCUCGGCCACCAAAUCUAUUUCCAUUGCUGCUUUGCUUGAUGUGAAUAAAGAGGACCCCAACAAAGAACUAGCUUCUAAGAAAGAAGUUAAAGGCUCCCCAAGUUUUUUGAAAAAGGGGUCUCAGAAGUUAAGAUCCUUACUUAGUCUCACUCCGGACAAGAGAGAAAAUCUAUCCAAGAACAAGGCACCCGCGUUUUAUAGAAUGUGUAGUAGUUCUGACACUUUGGUUUCUGAGGGUGAAGAGAAUCAGAAGCCCAAAAAAUCCGAGCCCAGAGUUGAUUCAUCUCCUAGAAGAAAGCGUUCCUCCUCAUCAAAUUCUCAAGGCAGUGUCCACAAGAGCAAGGAGGACAUAGCAGCUAGCGCAUCUUCAGGGGUAAAUUCCUACGUAGAGGAAAGUAGGAGAAUAGCACCUUCUCCCAGACCUGUUGAGAGGAGACUUUCAGAGAGAGCAGGAGAUGCCUCUGCCCCAAGAUUUAACACUGAACAGAUCCAAUAUCGUGAUUCGAAGGAGAUCAGCGCAGUCACUGCCCCUCAAAGACGGCCAAUCUCUUCUUCGAUAGUAAAGUCCCACGAGCUCCUGAGAUCUCAUUCAACCAACCAGAGAGUUUACAGUCGAUUUGAGCCAUUUUGUAAGCUUGAAAGCUCAAUUCAGUCAGCGAACAGCCUGACAAAUACCCAUGCCAACCGCCCAGAAGUCAAAGCCACAGCAAUGGGCAGCAGUUAUGGCAGGUCCAGUCCGAUGCUGAAUUACAAGACUGGUGCUUAUCAUACAUACUCCCCCAAUGAAAACAGGUUCCGAGGAUUUAUGCAGAAGUUUGGAAACUUCAUCCACAAAAGCAAAUGAAAUACUUUCAUUUCCAAUUGCAAUUGAAAUAUAAAAUGAAUGUGGCUGUAAUAUUUAUCCAAAUAACACUGCACAGAUUUCUGUGCCAUACCGUGAGUGUUCUGUAUUAGAAUUGGGGAGCUAUGUAGUAGUGUAAAGAAAAGUUAAUGUUUUGUGGUAAAAUUAAUUGUACUUGGUUAGCAGACAAGGGACUAUUCCAGUAAAUAUAUUAAAAGGUUGUUUGUAAAUGGUGAUAGCAUUAAAAAUAAAGAGAUGGGAUUCAUUGUUUUCUACCUACUAAAAAUCUUAAGUAUUUAAUUAGAAGAAAUUUCAGGGAGGAGACUGCAUUUAGAUUUUUGAUCAUUUUUUCCAAAGUCAUCACUUAAAAAUACUUCCUAUUACUUGCCACUGGUGCUUUGUGAUGUAAUUACAAUUUUGUUUUCAUUUUUUUCAGAAAUAUAAGAAAACAGAACAAAGUCUUUUUUGUUGAUCAAUUCUGUAGAAUAAAUUGAUAUAUUUUAUUGUUUCAAUAUCCUUACUAUGCAGCAUUGCACAAAAAAGAGUGUUAUUUGAGUUAUGUAGGCCAGCGUGUUUUAUUGAGCCCGAGGUGUGUUUGUACUUGGAUACAUCAGCCUUAAGCAUCGGCCUUGUAUACUACAGAUACACAUGCAGGCUUUAUUUUCUAACUUUCAAUAACUGUGCAGUGUUCUGCUUUGCACUUUUUCAUCAGCUGUCCAUUUUCUAUAGCCAUGCUGUAAGUAAAAUUUAAAGUAAGUGAACACAAUAUAGGAAUCCUCCCUUUCCAUCUAUAAAAACCUUCCAAAGCUGUAAGAUUCUGCCAAAUCUUGUGGGAGCAAUAUUUUAAUAUUUUGAAACAAGGUUUCUCUGGCUAACAAUACUGGCUGUCUUAGAACUUGCUUUGUAGACCAGGUUGGCCUUGAACUCACAGAGAUCCGCCUGCCCCUGCCUCCCAGGUGUUGAGAUUAAAGAUAUGUGCCUCCACCACCCAGCUUCAAAUUAUCUUUUUUAAUAUUUUCAGGAGUACUAAGCAGAACACUGUGUUGUUUUUAAGAUGCAAAUUCAUUUGAUACUAUCAAAUAUCAACACUUAUGGUGCAGAAAUAAUUUACCUUAGAAGAAUCCUGGUAGGAGAGACUAUUGAAUGGAACACCUCAUAUUUCCUGAGCACAUAACCGUAACCAGGUCCGGCCUUACAAACAUGUUCUGUCAUGUGUUUAUGAUAAUAUCGCCAUUGUUAUUUACAAAUUAUUGAGAUUUCAGUUGAGAUGUGAGACUGAGAUAAUGUUCCUAGUCACAUAGCUAAUAAAUAGUGGCUCUACAUUAUAACGUUUCUGCAUGACAUUAGCAUUCUGUCCAACUUGUUCAAUACCUGCCCUGUUAGAACUGAAGAAAGCAUUUACUUCCUAACCCGGAAUCCACCAGCAAAAGUUUAAUUGACUUUCACCAGACAACAAGGGCAUAUUGGGAUUAAAUGGUUAGAGUAGGCAAAGGUAGAAGAAGUAGGGGAGAAGCGAUUCUGAGGAACUUGGGCAGGGCCAGUUUUAAUCGCUUUGUCCCAUUUUGGUCUCGUUGUUGGCCUCUGACAGUGAGAACAAAGGAGAGGGAACCAGAGUGAGUUGUAACAUUUGGGCUUCUUCGAAGCAAAGACUGACUCUGCAGAGGGAGGGAGGGAGGUGGGGAAAGGAGCUCGGUAGUAAGUCGUAGCAAGAACAUCCACUUAAAUAAAACUGCACUUCACAGAAGUUACUGUGCUUUUCAAGAUGUGCUUGGCACCAAAUGCUGGAGGCUGAAUUUCAGCACAGUGCGUGAGUUAGUCCAGCAUUCUCUGCCUCGUUGCUUCUUAGCUGCUUUGGGUUUUGAGAACCUGCUUUGGAAAUGUUAAUAAUCGCCUCGCUCUUUUGCUCAUUCUCUCAUUAUAAACUGCAGAAAUAUGCUGGUACCUCUAGAGGAAUAAUAUUUUAUAAAUAAGGCUGCAGAAUAGAUGUUUCACAUCAUUACAGUAGCUUUAUAACCUCCUAUUGUAAUUGAGGAAAUUGCCAAGUUUGCGGUUCUGGUGUGAUUUUCUCAGAAGUGUAAGCGUGCUGACCUUGAAAGCAUCCACACUAAUGAUAAUAGGAAAAUAGGAGGCUGAUAACGACCAUUUUCUCAUCAUGAGCAAGGAGCCCAUUCGUCGAAACGUUAACUCAUAAACAGGCUUUUAAAAUGCAUAUCUCCUUUUAAUUAGACCAGAGGUUCAUGUGCAAAAGUUUAGCGGCACAGGACUGCAACAGAAUUUCUGACAGCGUGGUUAACUUGUAGAAACAUCCUGUUAAAUUGUCCCUGGGCUCUUCUUUAUCCCAUCUGCCUGAUAGAUAAUUUAAGCUUUUGCAUGGCAGAUUUAUUUUCCUUACCCCUUUUCUUUGAUUAUCUCCCUUAUGUCUGAGUGUGUAUAUAGCUUUCCAAAGUGUCUUCACUGAGAAAGUCCCCACAAUUAAGACUGAGAAAACACUUAAAUAUAUAUAUGUUGUUACAGCUUUCACUAGAUAUUGCCCAGGUUUGGUGGAUAUAAUUUCAAUAAUACCUCUUAUCUCUUUACUUCCCAUUUUAAUACUGGUGGAAAGCUGUUACUUAGAUGUGUUUUGAUAUUAAACUUUGACAAUAAAUUUCUCCCUCUACAGAGGCUUUCGUUUCUAAGCAGAAACACAAGGACUGAGUACGAUUCCCAAGUGGUUCUUGGCAGGUGGUAUAAUAGCCCCGGAGAUACUUAGCCUAGUGUGUUUAUAUCCUCCUACUCUGAAGGCAUAGCCCAACCCUACCGCAGUGUGCUGAAGUGUGGGCACAUGUUGUCAAUCUUUGUUUGUGAACAAAUACAGACAAGGGCUGAAUUGUGGGUGCAUUCAGUUCCACUUUACUCAAGAACCAUCUCUGUGCCACUAUUAUGAAACAGAUAAUUUUGUUUUAUUAAUAUCUGUUGACUCUUACUGUGCCUUUAGUUAAAGGGUUUAAAGUAGAAUCAUUGCUUUAUAUCAGCUAAACUCAUGAUUAAUGUGGGAUUGUUUUAAAAAUUAUAAUUUCAGUUUGGUUCUGGUAUAUUUUUAAAAAGUGAUGAAAUUAUAAACAAAUCAAUUUAUUAACUUUUAUAUACAGAGAAUUUUACAAAUAAAUAUUACUCUAACAUUUUUGAUUAAUAAAUGAACAUUAAAUAAUUUUGUACAAA